AUGAACUUUAUCAUGGAUGACACCAGUAUGGUGUCUUCGGGAUCACUUCUAUCAGAGGCAGUUGGAGCUCUCGCAUCCCCGCACAAGCUGCUCACCUCCAUGCUAUGUCUCCUGAUCGCCUGGCCAGUAGUAGCAAGCAGCAUACGCAACCGACGCGCGCGAAACCUCGUAGAGAACUAUCCAUACCCAAACCGGGCUUCGAUGUCGCAAAUGACCGACGAACACGCCUUCCAAAUCCAAAAACAAGUCGCCCAACUAGAAUUCCCCUUCAUGUUCAUCAAGUCCCUUCAGUUCGCCUUGUUCAGGACCUACGGCAUCCCCACAAUUUCAGCCCUUCUAACAAAAACAACCCAAUUCUCCAACCCAGAAACAUCGCUCAAGCGCUACACAGAUACAAGCGCUCUCGUCCAAGAAAUGGUUGGCAACGAUCCAACAUCUCAGCGCGCUUUCCUCGGUCUCGCGCGUACCAGAUAUCUCCAUCGCGGGUAUAGAUCCUCUGGCCAGAUCCUCGAAGAGGAUAUGCUCUACACGCUAGGCUUAUUCGCUCUGCAGCCUAUCCGAUUCAUUGACCGGUUUGAAUGGCGUACUUUGAACGAAAUGGAACGGUGCGCUAUUGGGACUUUCUGGAAGAGUGCCGGUGAUGCUCUUGAUAUCAGUUACGAUCCAUUGCCUUCUGGGAAGAGUGAGAGUGGAUUCCGUGAUGGGAUUCAGUGGCUUGAAGAGAUGGAGGAGUGGUGUGAAGAGUAUGAGGCUCGCUGUAUGCUUCCUGAUGUUAAGAAUCGUGAGGUUGCGGAUCAGACAACUGCUGUGCUUGUUUAUAUGCUUCCGACAUUCAUGCAUCCUGUGGGACUGCAGUUCGUUUCGUUCAUGAUGGAUGAGAGGCUGAGGAAGGCUAUGCUUUAUGACCCUCCCACACCGUUCUGGAGUACGGUCUUCUCAAUCCUUUUGACAACCCGCAAACUAUUCCUCCGCCACUUGAUGCCUCCCAGACCAAACUUCCUGCGCUACCAAUCAUUCACCGAAGAGCCAGACGAGGAUGAGCGAUUCUUCCUGACGAAAUGGGAAGCAGCGCCGUACUAUGUGAAGCCGACUCUCUGGAACCGCUGGGGUCCGACGGCAUGGUUGACCUGGGCUCUUGGAAGACCUGUUCCUGGAGACGAAGGUGAUAAGUACUCGCCUACCGGGUAUAGCAUUUCGGAUCUCGGGCCGAAGGGGCUUGAAGGGAAGGGAAAGAAGGAGCUAGAGGAUUUCUUGGCUCAGAUGAAGGAUUAUCGGACUGGAAAGUGUCCUUUCCAUUGA